AUGGGCUCUAUCCUCUGGCUCAUCAGCAGCUUCGUCCGCUGGGUGCGUAUGAAGAUUUACCAGUACGAGGUCACAUUCGCCAUCUACAUGCUUACACCAACGGAGAAAUUCAUCUUCAACUCCGUCCUCCUCACCCUGAUUACCUUGAUCGCCACCGGAAUCUACGUUUACCUCCCCAACCACCUCCGCACAAUCUACAGCCACAUGUACUACUAUGCCGUUGGCGAGCGGCCAUUCAUCUCUUCCCGACUUACAUCCUCGGUAUUCGGAGACGCGACACAGACCCUCGACGUGAUGUACGAAACGGCCAAGAAUGCGGCUGCGCGGACAACACAACACAUGGGCGAGUUGUAA